GUAUUGGCACAACCUUCUAUAAUUACCGAAAAUUGAAACAUGCUUACUACCACAUUGCCGUUAUUUAUGUUUGUUCCAUUUAUCGGUUAUCGAUUAGAAAACGCGAAACUUAAAAAAAUAUUCAAAAUACUUCAGUGUUAUGACUUAUUUUUUUUUUCAUUACCUGUCAAAAAUUUUAAUUGCGUUUCGGUUGUGUGUAAAUUUUUCAAGUUUGUGAAUUAAAUCACAAUAAAACUUGAUUAAAAUUAUUGGAAAACAAAAAAAUAAAGCCAUUUGUUAAGCUUGUGCAUAGGCGAUUAAUUAAUUCUACAUAAAAAUAUCGUUUGUAAAAAGUUUUUCAUUUGCCAAACAAUAUAAGACUGGCGAAAACAAGUUAUAAAACAUAGCUCAACAAGCAAAAUAAAGAAGAAUUAUUUCGCGCACAUUUCUUAAUGGAUAUAUCACAAGAAUUAAAUAAUAGUGCGGAACUUGAAUUGGAAAAUCAACAAGAACAGCGUGUACUUCAUAUGGAUGAGCUAACUGCUAAAAUCGACAAAGUACUCACGCACCAGCAUGAACUAAUAGCAUUGGUUAGAAAAGCGUCUAAACAAAAUAUAUGCCUACCUAUAGUCAAAAAAGAAGAAUUGGGUCCUUUUAAGCACGAUAUAUCCAGCAAUGCAGCAGCGCAUUUGCCAGCUUUGAAAUGUCUACUCGAACGCAAAAGUAUGCAUCAGUUUUAGCGCCAUAAUAUUUUCAAAACAAACAAAACUCGAAAUGAUCUCGGAACUUCUGUUGGAUGAGUGCUUCAUACUAUUUUACUUGUAAUUGCCAGUUUUCCUUUCCAGAUGCAAUAAAAUGCAACGGUUAUACAAAUUCGUUGAUAGACAGGCUGUGUUCAGCAAUGUUGGGUUAAAUAAAAAUUCCUUUCAUAAUUUUUUUUGUGAGACAAUAACAUUUCAGUUGUGAAUUAUAUGUAUCAAAUACAUAUAUGUAUUUUGGUAACAAGAGUAAACAUUUUUAUUUACUUAAA